UGCAGCGGCUGUUGCUGGAGCCACGCAGAGAGGAGCGGUGUGCGAAAAAUCACGGGCACUGGCAAGAGUUGAGCGACACACAGUCGGAUUUUUUGUUAUUCCUGGCGAGGGUGACGUUGUCAAAAGCGGUGUUUACGGCUGCCAAAGAGCGGUAGUAUCGACGACGAGGUAUUCGCCGUUCAAAAAGGAAAAUUGGUUCCAGCCUUAAGAAAACCUUUGGCUUUGUCUGGAACACCACUAGUUUCUCAGCCUUAGAAUACUUAAGGCCACACGGAGCCACAUAACCUGGCAGGCUUCAACAACUGUUGCUGUCUGCUCGGUAUGGCAGAGGCUUGCUAGCAUGCUGAUGCGCUCAGAAACACAGAUGGACAGGAUGAUCCACAGAGGAGGGUUCCAGCAGUAGCUGCUCUCUGCUUCACCAACUGGGACUCCAUGGCCGGCAGUGCUGCUGCUUGAUUCAUUGCACUGUCCAGUGUCCCCCCCACAUUGGAGGUUUGAAUAGUAUCCGUUGUUGCUGUUCUACAGAUACUCACUGUAGUUUGGAGCUUCAUGGAGGGAUUCCCUGUCCACUGACCUAACAGGCUGACUUUUUGGACCAGCAGCCAUGUCGGCCUGCAGCACCUUCACAGAGCACGUGUGGAAACCUGGCGAGUGCAAGAACUGCUUUAAACCAAAGAGUCUGCACUGUCUAGCUCAGAGUAGUGGAGGGAAGCCUCCUUCUGAACAAAGGCCUCAAACAUCCCAGCAACAGAACCUGCCACCUGCUGGGGCCAGAGCCAACCCUAACCAUACCACCAGUUCCCAGCGAACUGGCAGUGGGUCUGCUCGCUCAGGGCACUUCCGUCCACCCGUGGCUAAGAAGCCAACCAUUGCUGUUAAGCCCACUAUGAUGCUGCCCUGCUCCUCUGCAGGACUCGAUUCAGAUGGCAACCUCCAGCAACCACCAAAUGUAAUAGAACAAGGCAAAACAUUAGCUUUCACAGUCUGGAAUCGCAAUGGACUGAACCGAAAAAGGCCUGUUGGGCCCAGCAACAACAAUGAAGGAGAGGAUGACAAUGAUGAGAUUGAGGGUUAUGGACAACUUAGCCCAAGGACGCCUAGUGGUAAUAACAACAGUGGCUUGACAGAUGUCCUUAAAGAGAUUGUUGGUUUGGGUCCGAGUUCUAGCCCCACACCACUUUCUGGCUCAAAGGACUUGUUUUGGGGUCGAAUCAGUAGUUCAUACCGACGAUCCUUAGAAAGAGGCCUGCCAGCCUCAAGCUGUCUGGCCAUGGGAAGUAGUACUAGUAGUGGCGGUGGUGGGGGUGGCAGCACUGCUCAAAAACAGGUAUCCCUUAGUGAUAGCACCAAGAUCAUCAGCACAGAGGGUGGUCGCUUUUGUUACCCGGAGUUUACAAGUGAAAGUGAAGAUGAGGAGGAAGAGGAGGACGAGGAGGAAGACACUGAAAGAGAUGAUGAUGAAGAACAUGAGAGCUGGGAUGAAAGUGAUGAAGAGUUACUAGCCAUGGAAAUUCGUAUGCGAGGCCAACCACGAUUUGCUAAUUUCCGUGCUGCCACAUUGUCUCCGGUGCCCUUUGCUGCAGGGAAAAAGUGGAACACUGUGCCACUUCGCAACCGCUCACUACAACGAAUUUGUGCAGUGGACUAUGAUGAUAGCUAUGAUGAGAUCUUAAAUGGCUAUCCUUCAGUGGAUUCCAAUGGAGGUCUUAUUUCCUAUGGACCUCGUGACAUGCAAGGUAGCGGUUUCCUGUCAAAUUCAGAGUCUGCCACUUCUCCAGAAUCAUCGUCAUCAAUACCUGAGGAUUCUCGAACAACAUCCAGCAGUGGUAGCAGCGCUAAUUGUGUCCUUCGAAAUGGUUUGCAUUCUCCCACUUUUUGUAAGCCACCUGUCGCCUGCACUUCUCCAAAGAAAGAACCUGUCAACAGGGCACUGAGUCCACUAAAGGUAGCUGAAACACACAAAGCUGUCCUGGCCAUUAGAUUAGAAGAUCAGGAUGGCAGAGAAGGCAUGCCAAUGCCCCAAGCUCUUCCUGGUCAACCAGUCACCAUAAGUUUUAGUCCCACAGAGGAACAAGCUAAACCAUACCGUGUAGUAAAUUUGGAAAAGUCAUUGAUCUGUAAGCCUUACACAGUAGUGGAUGUCUCCGCAUCCAUGGCCAAUAAUGAUGAACAGAUUCCUGACUCUUCUCAAAAACCCAAAAACCUGUCAAUGCCUUCCAGCCCUACAACAUCCAGUAGCACUCCUUUAGGCCAGCCCUUGUCCCCAACAUCUCCUAUUUCUGUAUCUUCUCCUGUGGUGCCAACAUCACCUACUUCUGUUGCUGUGUCAAGUUCCUCCAAAAAAAAAUUAGGCAGCAUACGCUACCAAGAAGUGUGGACGUCAAGCACAAGCCCUCGCCAAAAGAUACCUAAAGUGGAUCCAGGGGUUGGGGAUAAUCCUGGCCCUGCCCUGACUACACAAUACUGCAGUCACAAGUCAGCUCCCACUUCUCCGAUUGCUGGGUUGUCUUCGUCUCGAACUGUACCUGUGAAAUCUGCAAACUUAUCAGAGAUCAAGUUCAACAGUUUCAAUAAUGCAGGCAUGCCUCCUUUUCCCAUUAUUAUCCGAGAUGAACCUGCUUAUGCCCGCAGCUCCAAGAACGCUGUCAAGGUACCUAUUGUUAUUAAUCCAAGUGCAUAUGAUAACCUAGCUGUGUAUAAGAGCUUUUUAGGUCUCAGUGGUGAACUACCACAGGCAAAAGGGGUAGGUAAUAGGGUAGCCAGCCAUACUUAUGAAGAGAUUGGAUCCUCUGAGAGUGUCCAGUCCUCCUCAACAGAGAAAACUCUCUCUGGUAGAGGCACAUCAGAGCAAGCCUCCUUCGAAGAGACAAAGAUUCCACUUGAAGCAGUGUCAAAAGCACCAAGUUUACAACCUAGAACCACUACAGACUCUUGCACUAUGACAAGCACUGUAAUGAGCCUCACAAGUGGGGCCUUCUCUCCCACUAUUUCAACAAAUUCUCCUGCCAAUCCUGCCAUUACUGCAAAUGCAAACCUACCUACAGGCAGCACUACUGCCAGUACUGUUACUCACACUUACAAGACAGGUGGAGAUGUUGCUUGCAAUAAAGAUGAUAAUACAAACUUAGCUUUAUCUUCUGGGAUAGUUUUAAGCCAUAGGGAAGAGGCCAGUACUGUGCUUUCACAGAUUGUGGCCUCCAUUCAGCCUCCUCAGUCUCCUCCAGAGUCACCAUCAGCACAAACCCAAACUUUCAAUUCUGAGGAGCUGUACGCACUCCCACCUGAUGCCAUUAAGGAGACCCUUAUUCGGCCCAAGUCUCUCUUUUCCCCAACCGAUGGCUGUCUUUCCAAGUCAAAGAAAGACACACCCUCAAAAGUUUUGUCUAAGUCUCAGAGUGCCUCUGCUGCUGUCCCACUCUCAAGCCCCCGAUCAGAGCCCAGUGCCCCCUUCCCCCCUCCAAGAUCUACAUCCUCCCCUUAUCAUGCUUCUAACAUACUCCAGAGACAUUUUGGAAACUGGACCAAGAGCUCUGCCUCCAGUUCUCCUGUGCGACCCAACGAAGGUGAAGCAAGUCCUGGUGGAGAAGGGAGACGUAUUUCAGCAGAAAGCUCCAAACCUAAACGCUGGAUCUCCUUUAAGAGCUUCUUUCGUAGGCGGAAAGAUGAGGACGAGCAGAGGGAGAAGGUGGAGAAGGAGAAGGGCAAGCUGGUUGGCCUUGAUGGAACAGUAAUUCACAUGCUUCCACCACCACCAGCCCAACAUCAGCACUGGUUCACUGAGGCCAAAGCGGAGGAUCCCACCCAGAAACCAACCAUUAUCUUCACCUACAAACCAGACAGUGGCAGUAGUCCUGGUGAAGGAGAAGGGGAACUACGGGUAGAGGAGUGCAGAGAAACGACGCUACUGAAACCUGAUGAAAGCAAAGAUCCUAGAUCUUUGAGUCCAGGGGAAACAUCCUCCUCACCUAUGGCUGGAAGAAAUCUCAGCAAGGACUUAAGCCAGGUACCAGGCAGUGCCAGUGCCAGGGAUCGGGAACUGCCCAGUGCCACCUCCCUGCCUGCCAAAGUGAAUCUGGGGCUGGUGCUUGGGGAGGGCGAGGAGGGCCAUGCCAACCAGGUUGCUACCGCAGCUGCAGCCAGCGAGGGCAGCGCCAGCCUGGGAGAGCCCGAGGACGACGGGAUUCACUCUCAUCAUUCCCACUCUACUGCCUCCAGCCAAUGCAGUGCCACCUACAGCAAUCUGGGUAAAUCUCGAGCCAACAUGAUCCCACUGAAACAGCCCCGGAACAUGAAAGCAUCCAAUGAUACGUUGGCCUCCAUUGACAUGGAAGGCCUCGCUGAGCAGCCAGUCCCUAAAGCCACCCCGCCACCAUUACCCAAGAAGGCUGUUCCUCGUUCCAGUACUGAACCCAGCCUAGGAGGCAAAGAGCCAGUGCAGGGAGGCCUUAGACCUCGGGCUGAAGCUAAACCAGGGGGCACCAACCUGAGUGUAGCCAACCCUCUCUAUGAUUUAGACUCCACCUGGGAAACAGCUAGUCAGAGCUCCUCUCUGAGCUCCGAACCUCAUCGAGCCCAUGACCACGAGAGCGGCGACUCCUUAGAGAGGCCCUCAGCUGCCACAGCUACCACCAAGGCCCGCUUGACUAACAGCGUGGCCUCCCUGGUCCCCCAGCCUUCAUCUGCUGCACCCAGUACCACCACUGGCAAAGAGAGGAGGGUCUACCCAAGUUCCGAAUCUCUGGCUGGAAGGGGUCGAACAGCAGGUCGUGGGGUAGCUGGAGGCGGAGGAGGCUCCAAACCCCAGAGACCUGCUCUUUACAGGGGGUUAGACAGCUGGGAUGAGGUGGUAGGGAGGAUCCGGGGACUCCACACAGACACUCUACGGAAGCUGGCAGCAAAAUGCGAGGACCGUUUCAUGGCUGGCCAGAAGGAUCAUUUGAGAUUUGGCACUGAAAGCUGGUCCCACUUCAGGCUCACCACUGGGAAACCCUGCUGUGAGGCGGGGGACGCUGUUUACUACACUGCCUCUUACGCCAAGGACCCACUGGUCAAUUAUGCCAUCAAGAUCUGUCGGAGCCAAGUGAAGGAGACCCAGCAGCAGUUUUUCCACAGCCUCGCAGUGAGGCAAAGCCUGCCAGUGCACUUCAACAUCCAGCAGGACUGUGGCCACUUCCUGGCUGAUGUCCCUACCCGCCUGCUACCCUGGGAAGAGGAAGAAGGGGAGGAGGAAGUGGAUAAGGAGGAAGGGGGGCUCACAGAAAAAGACAAAGAGGCUAAGAUGCCAGAUUCUAAAUCAUCUGCUCCAAAUGGGAAACUAGAUGAAGCCCCGACAGCAGGUCACAUGAACUCUGCUGGCCGCUUGAGGAGCCGAGUGGUGGUAAUCACACGUGAGGUGCCCUUCCAGACAGUGGCUGACUUUGUCAGGGAAGGCAUGACCAGACAUACUCAAAACCCGGAGCUGUAUGAGCGUCAGGUCUGUCUUCUGCUGCUGCAGCUGUGCUGCGGCUUGGAGCACAUGAAACCAUAUCAUGUGACCCACUGUGACCUGCGGCUGGAAAACCUGCUGCUGGUACAAUGCCAACCUGGCAACCCCUGGAAUCUGGACUUACUUGAGCCCAACAAUAACAGCAAUGGCAGCAGCUCGGGUUCAAGUGCUGCGGCGGCUGCUGCCGCAAAUGCCACCUGCCCCGCGCGCCUCAUCAUCAGUAACUUCUCCCAAGCAAAACAAAAGACUGCUCUCAUGGCCACUGACCCGAGUACACUGCGCGACCAGUCGAGGCUAGCGCCUGAAAUCAUUACAGCUACUCAGUACCGCAAGUGUGAUGAAUUUCAGACUGGGAUUCUCAUCUACGAGAUGCUGCACCGACCCAACCCUUUCGAGGAGACGCCGGAGUUGAAGGAAAGGGAGUACACCUGGGCGGACCUGCCGCCACUGCCCGUGAGAUCGCUUUAUUCACAGGGCCUGCAGCAGCUGGCACGGUUGCUGCUCACUGUUAACCCCUCUGAAAGAAUCCGAAUGUCCGAGGCGCGGGCCUGCCUGCAGUGCCUCCUCUGGGGCCCCCGGGAGGACUUGUUUCAGGCGCUGGGCUGCAGCAGCACUGGGCCCAUAUCAGGGGCCACUUCGAGCCAGCGCGAAGCCACCCUGCAAAACUGGCUGGACCUCAAGCGGACGCUGAUGAUGAUCAAGUUUGCGGAGCGCUCGCUGGACAACGCUUGUGGUGUGAGCCUCGAGGAUUGGCUCUGCUGCCAGUACCUGGCGUUCGCCACCACAGAGACCCUCAGCCGGGUGGUGCACAUCUUGCAGCAGCCUCAACAGCAUCCUCCAUCUCAGAAUGAGAACCAGCCAGCGCACCCCGCACAGAACCAAACUCAAAUACAUCCAGCACACACCUUCCACUUGACUCCCUCACAGCCACUCUGAGUUCCUCUGCCCAACUGUUACUAUGGCAACAGAUCCAACAAUCCCCUGUGUGGUCCUUCUGCUGAUGUUAAAGUGUCAUGUAAGCUAAUAGUCAGCUACGCUGUUCCAGCGGUCACAGUGCUCACCUAAAACCAAACAGCUGCUUGUGCAGUGCCUGCAUUUUCUUCAUGGACUAAAUAAGUCGACUGAACAAGACGCUUGUUCCCAUCAAACACCUGGGCUUCAUGAUCAGGGUUAUUAAAAGCAGAAAACACCGCAAGUCCAAAUAACACCCCUAAAACUUCUGAGCUAAUUGAAGCAAUGUUGGCUCUUGCCAUCGAUGUCCAUAUCUUCACAUAUCAUCAGUUUUCUCACUCCACCGGUACUAAACUGAAGAUUUUUAUCAAAUGUGUGAGGAAUUAUUUUAGUGUUUUUGAGACAGUUUUGGCCAGACUGCAGAGUUGUGAGGACUGCGUGUUAAAUAUCAUUUUCAUGCCAUCUGUCUGCAGGGUUUGAGGCAGCGUGAAAUUAAAUAACGAAGCUUUCAUAGUGAUGCAUAUUGAUAUUCUGCACACAAGUUUUGUCUGACAUCUCAAAGGGACACCACAGACCGAAUUUUAGAAAGGAAACGUUCAGAAAUUGGAGAAUUUUAUCACAAUAAUUUAACUGAGAUUUUAAGCGAGAUUUAUUUUAAUGAGUUCGGAAAAGAUGGAGGGUGGGAAAAAAGAGAGAAACAAAGGAAGACCAUUUGAAAUGAAGGGAAUGAAGAAAAACAAGUUUUUGCCAGACAUGAGGGCGUGGCUACAGAUUAAAUUUAUUAUAUUUUAGGCAUUUGCACAGCUGAGACUUCUUAAAUUACUCUUUAUGGUUUAAAAAUUCAAAAGCCAGUCUUGAGUUGAAAUUGGGGGAAAAAAAGAGAGUACACUGUGUCAUAACACAUUUCUGCACAGAGCUUUGUAGAGGUGGGUGACGAACACCGAGCAAAAUCUUGGCUUUUCUUUUUUUUUUUUUUGUUUGUUUUGUUACGCUUAGAAGUUCGAACAUGACUCAACCGCCCCGGCUGCUGGUUCAGGUUCUUGUCGGAGUAUGUGCAAUUAAUAUUUUUCUUUUUGUCAUUUCUUUUGGAGGUAACAGCGUUUUGCAGCCUUUUACUAAUAUUCUCUUAAUUUUUCUUUCUUUCUUUUUUUUUGUGGCACAUAAACAGAUCAGUUUCACUUCAAUCCUGCAACUUAAGCAAAUUAAAGUUCAGUGUAAGGAAGUUCUUACAGUGGAUGGGACAAUUCAGGGACUGCAAAAAAAACACAAAAAGUUCUUUGUCAGUUGUUUUGUUUUUGUCAAGUUGUUUUUGAACGGUUUUGUGUUACGGAUGACAUUUGCACAUUUACAUUUGCUCGCCGGUGCCCCUCAGCAGAGUCUGGAGGACACGAUGAGACUGAGGAUGAGAGGAGAUGGAGAGAAGUUCCUGUGAAUUGGAGGAACUGGAUCAUCUGAUGUGUUUUGCAGCGUGUGGAAUGUAAACGUUUGCCCGGACUGAAACAGACAUUUGGACCUGGUCUCAUCUUCUCUACAAAUGUGUUUGUUUUCCUAUUGAACCACUUUGUUUCAUAUAUAAACUGUCAAAAAAAAAAAGGCCUUGAAGAGGAAAUAAGUACACAACCACUGAGACUUGCUUCCAUUCCUCCUGCCUUGUUUGUUUCCCAUCCUUUUCUUUUCUUAUUCUGCCAAUAUGAGGGCAAAACCUGAUUUGAUGCUUCCUGACUGUCACUCAGCAGAUUUAUGCUGCUUUAAUUAAACAAGCUCUGUGUUAUUGACUUUCCAGCCUGGAGUCAGUGAAAUCAAGACACAUACACAAGCCUCAGCCUCCCCCAACCGGUGAAAUAUCAAGAAACUGUUUAAAUUUUAAUGUGUUGAAUAAACCCCCUGAAUUAUAUUUUAACCCAGAAAUCUGGUGCUGCAGAAUUGCUUUAACUGCUCUGUUAAAGUUUGAAUUUUCAUAUCUAAAUACUGCAGCAGUUCCAUCAUCAGGAGGAAAAUCAGCUUUUUGGUCAGGAGCCUUUGUCUGUUUUACUACAGAUGUGCAACAACUGUGCGGUCCGCGGAGCAAAAAUGAGACAAAAGCAGGUUUGUUUGUUACUGUGUUCAAGGGUUUGUGUACUGAGGAAUGUGUGUGGGACGGCACUGGUGGCUGUCUUUGUAUUCAGAGAUUUAAGCCUUUAUAUAGUAAAUAUAUUAUAAAUAUAUAUAUAACCUUUAUUUUAAUCCACACUCUAUUUUGUGGCGUACGGAGCACCUCUAUUUCUGUCAUUAGAGUCUAAUAAUCAUUUAUCCUUUAAAGCUUUACUUGACUUUCUUCCACCUUGCAUGUUUUGGAGGAAGAAAAAGGUGAGUAGUUAUCACUGUCCUACACAAGAAUAGAUAAAAGGUCAUGUUCAUGCAGUUGCAUACACACAGAGAACAAUGUACAGUAUUUUUACCCCUCUUGUAAAUUUCCCUGCGUAGGAGAAGAACCACUUUGGCUAAAGGAUGACGUUUGCGUGCACCGUUGAACCCUAAUAUUCAUAAACAUAGUUUUCUGUUUCUCUUGCUCUGGUUUUCUCUUUGCAUUGUUAAUUGCCACUGAAUCUAAAAGCAGGAGCCCUCUGGGGCUUUCUAAGUAUGUGUACAGUACGUCUCCUGGCCUGCAGCCAUUUAUUGUUGUUCAAGUUAACCAACAGUAACAGAACAAUAAAUAUAUGUUUUUAUAUAUAUA